AAGGUCUAGCUUAAAAAAAGUACUAGUUCUAAUUCUACAGAUGAAUAACUUAUAGCUGAGCUAAGGCAUACUGCAUACAUAUAGAGUAUAAACAGCUGCUUUACCCACUCUCACAAGUCACAAGCAGGCAGCAGCAAUCUCAUUCAUGAGUUGAAGAAGGAAGAGAUUAUAUACUCCAUUUACUCAUUUAGUGGGUUAGGAAUAGGAAUAGGAAGUUCAGCUCAGUCAUUGGAUCGACAAAAAAAGGAUGACAGUGGUGGUGAUGGUUUUGAUGACACUGGGCUGCAUUAUUAGCGGCGGCAGAGUCAUGGGAGCACCGCCGAGGAAGGCCGUCGACGUACCCUUUGGGAGGAACUAUGCGCCUACAUGGGCUUUUGAUCACAUCAAGUAUUUCCAUGGAGGUUCUCAGAUUCAGCUCCUACUUGAUAAUUACACUGGUACAGGCUUCCAGUCUAAAGGUUCUUAUUUGUUUGGUCACUUCAGCAUGACUAUCAAAUUAGUAGCUGGAGAUUCGGCAGGAACCGUCACUGCUUUCUACCUCUCAUCACAAACCUCGGAGCAUGAUGAAAUAGACUUUGAGUUCUUGGGAAACAGGACGGGACAACCAUAUAUAUUACAAACUAAUGUGUUCACCGGAGGAAAGGGAGACAGAGAGCAAAGAAUAUAUUUAUGGUUUGAUCCAACCAAAACCUUUCAUAGAUACUCAGUUUUGUGGAAUCUAUAUCAAAUAGUCUUCUUUGUGGAUGAGACACCGAUUAGAGUGUUCAAAAAUUGCAAGGAUUUGGGAGUAAAAUUUCCCUUCAACCAACCAAUGAAAAUAUACUCAAGCUUGUGGAAUGCAGAUGAUUGGGCUACAAGAGGUGGUCUGGAGAAGACAAAUUGGUCAAAGGCUCCUUUUGUAGCAUCCUAUAAAGGAUUCCAUAUUGAUGGUUGCGAGGCUUCAGUUAAGGCCAGUUAUUGUGCUACUCAAGGAAAGAGAUGGUGGGACCAAAAAGAAUUCCAAGACCUUGAUGCAUAUCAAUACAGGAGAUUACGGUGGGUUCGUAAACACUCUACUAUAUAUAAUUACUGUAAGGAUAAACUUAGGUACCGCACCAUUCCUCCAGAAUGUUCAAGAGAUAGAGAUUUGUAUUGAUACACAGACUCCAUUAUGCGACUGAUUAAUCUCAGUAUUGAUUCAUACGCUCCAUUUCGUUAC